AUGAGCCUGGGUUUAUUUGUGGAGGAUGAAGAUGAGGAUAGAUAUAAACCGUCAACAUCGACUAUAAAGGAAGAAGACGAAGAAAUGCUGUCAUUUGAAGACCAACUUCAACAAGGUGCUAGUAGUAGUAGUAGUAGUAGUCGUGACAAUGCAAAUAUUCAAUUUGGAGAGGAAGACGAAGAUCCCAUAGUUGAGACCAUUCCUUUACUAAUGAACUACGUACCAAGUACGGAGACACAAUCAGUACAUCUUCUUCAAUUUCCCGGCCGCUCUAAAACGAGGUCUUUACUUAGAGAAGAACUAGUCUCUGCUACAAUCAAACCUAAAUCCCAUUUACUCGAUAUCAAGCUACCAAUGAACCUGGACAAGUUCUUUGAUCAAAGUAAAGUUGAUGAUUGGGGGCCAAGUAUCGAGUUUCAGUCGCUUUCUGGGGUGCUAGAUCCCAACGAUACCGGGAUAUAUGCCGGCAAAAUUAUCAAUGAUGGCAUUAACAAGAAAAUCGUUUUAUUCAAUAUUGAUUCGUCAGUUCAGCUUCGCACGAGCUUCAAAUAUCUUGAUGAUUUGGAUAAGAGUAGUUUGCAAAUGAAAAAGCCAGCACAGCAAGAUUCACCAGUCGAUACACAAGCUGUAGAAGUUUUACAAAGUGCAGCAAAGACCUCGGCUUUUGGCCAGGACAGUAAUAGAACCUCUCUAAGCGAGUCUUUAAGGUCUGCUAGAAAUUGCGAUGAAGAACAAUGGCAACAUUUGACAUGGAAGAUGGGCAACAACUCUGCGCUUCAAAGCCUAAAGCAACAGCUACAAGACGAUGCAGACGGGAUAAAGCUAAAAACUGCUACAACACCUUCAGAAUUUAUAGACAGAUCAUUUUAUUAA